CGAAGACGGCUUUCCGUGCCUGUGCCUGGGCCAGAGGGAGAAACACUGCUCUAGUGUAGCUGUUUAUCUGCAUGAAUAAAUGCAGUACUGCAGACUCCACUGCUCUAUGUGCAUACAAUCACCAUGAGCCAGAUCUUAACCGCCAACCAAGCAGCGGAGCUGCACAAGUCAAUACUUGCCUACCUUUCGUCGAUAAAUGCUUCUCAGAGCUCUACAACUUUACGUGAGGAGCUUCAAAUUGGGGAUGCUUUUGAUGAGGCUACAUGCAAGAAGUAUGAGGGGCUAUUGGAGAAGAAAUGGACAGGAAUCGCUCGACUUCAACGCAAGAUAUUAGAUCUAGAAGCUAGAAUUGCUAGUCUCCAAGCCGAGCUUGAUUCGGCCCCAUCCACGUCGCGUUCAAAACAGGCCCAUAAUCCUGAAAACUGGCUUCCUAGACCAUCCCCAACAUAUACAUUUAAGUCACAUAGAGAUGCUAUUCGAUGUAUAGCAUUCCAUCCAAUAUUUACAUCCCUCGCCUCCGGUUCAGACGACUGCACAAUUAAGAUAUGGGAUUGGGAACUUGGCGAGUUGGAACGAACCCUAAAAGGCCAUGUAAGAGCGGUCUCAGGACUGGAUUUUGGUGGCCAAGAGGGUCAUACGCUACUAGCAUCCUGUUCGGGCGAUCUUACAAUCAAGAUUUGGGAUCCAAGCAAAGAUUAUACAAAUGUUCGAACUCUUUAUGGCCAUGAUCACUCUGUCUCGGCAGUACACUUUCUAACAUCUACAAAUAAUCUCCUUGUCUCCGCUAGUCGAGAUGCAUCUCUGCGGAUUUGGGAUGUUUCAACAGGAUACUGUGUGAAAGUGAUCAGGAACAACGCUUGGAUUCAAGAUAUAUCACCUUCAUUUGAUGGUAAAUGGCUGGUGUCGGGCGGCCGUGACCAAGCAGUAACGGUUUGGGAUUCCUUAACUGCUGAACCCAAGGCUACAUUAUUAGGCCAUGAACAUGAUAUUGAGUGCUGUAUAUUUGCACCUCCAGCAAGCUAUAAAUAUUUAGCUACUCUUGCUGGGCGCAAGGUACCACCUCCUGCGGAUAGCUCGUCCGAAUUCAUCGCUACCGGAGCUAGGGACAAAACCAUCAAGCUAUGGGAAUCCCGUGGAAGACUGAUUAAGACUCUUACUGGUCAUGAUAACUGGGUACGAGGUCUGGUAUUUCACCCCAGCGGGAAGUAUCUCAUCAGUGUUGCGGACGACAAAACAAUGCGUUGCUGGGAUCUCUCCCAAGAAGCAAGAUUGGUCAAGAUAAUUGAUGACGCUCACGGGAAUUUUAUUACCUGCAUUCGCUGGGCGCCCCUUGCGAAGCCCGAUGCAGUUGUCGAGACUUCCAACCCGACGAACGGGGUGCCCAACUUUCAAUGUGCCAUUGCAACAGGGAGCGCAGAUUCAUGUGUUCGGGUCUUUAAAUAGGUGUCAGGAAUUUGAACUUGGUUGAAAAUGAUUGAGUACCCUGGCGGCACUACAAUCAAAUGUCCCUAUUCUAUUCUCCUGUCUAACAAACCUCCUAAUGCCAUGUGGCUUCAGGUUUUUCUAGGCGCCCUCUUGUAUGUACAUUUAUGAUUUAGAAACCUGCUAAUAUGCGGUGACACUAUUAGCUCUUGAUUACCUUGGGCCGGGCGUGCCUUUAGGGGUUCUCACUUGAGCUGUAAUAAUGAAUAUAUCCUUUGUGGCUCCUGCAAAUGAGCCGUGAAAAAAG